AACACAACCGUUUCUCCUCGCAGUGAUGCACUGAUGGAGCACACGCUUCUCCUUCCGCCUCUUUGAAUGAAGAAAGCGAGGGAUUUGCUUCAAACCUCCUGCAGGCGCUUCCUCUCUCUCCCAAAUCCUAAAAUACCCAAGGCGCGCUCUCUCUCUCUCUCUCUCUCUCUCUAUAUAUAUAUAUAGUAUAGACACACACAGACGUGAUUUUCUAAACUGGUAGCCGAAGCUGCCGAACGUCUUUGGGUACAGAUGGAGGAUAUGUCGGAGCGAUACUGUUACAACCCGAUUCUGCGAUGGAAUUCUCAGGUUGAGGAGUACUUCGUCAAGGCCUACGGAGCCGACCAUUUCUCGCGCGUUUCCGAUGCACUAACGCGCCCAUCUUGCUACUCUUGUAUACGUGUGAAUACCCUACAAUCAACUAGCGAUGCUGUUAUUCAGAAGUUAGCGGCAAUUAUGAAUGAUACAGGGCAUGACAAUACCAAUGAUAACAUAAGCAAAUGUGAUGCCAAUGUUGAUGCUGAUACAGGUCUGGAACCAGAAUGCUGUUUGAAAGAAACUGAUGUUCCCCAGAACUUGAAUGACUGGAGCAAGGUGGCAGAGGCUCUGAAAGAAGACAUACAAACUUGUCCUGUAUCUAAGUGUCAGAUUCCUGGGUUAGAUUAUGUAGUGUUUGUUAAGGGUUCAGGACCCCACAUGAUUGAUUAUGGUCAUACACAUGAUAGACCCUCUAAGGAGGUAAUUGUGAGUCGUAAAUGUGCUGAGGCAGUGCUUCGGGGUGCUCAGGUCUAUGUUCCUGGUGUAAUGGCUUGCAGUGCUCAUGUUGAGAAAGGGGAUAGGAUUGCAGUUUCAGCAGCUGUAGAGCAGCCUGGUCUGGAUGGUGGAUGGCAUAUUGGUAUAACACGUGGGAGUGUUCUUCAGGGCUUGGAGACAGAUGCAUAUUAUGUCGAACGAAAUGGCCUGUAUAUUGGCCAAGGAAGAGCGAUGAUGUCAAGGGCUGGGAUGUUCCGUGCUUUAGAAGGAAUUGCUGUGGAUAUGAGUAAUAGAGUAUUUAAACUGCCUUCCUUUCAUGAUGUGCUCGAGGGUGAAAUUUUUCUACAAAAUCUUCCAAGCAUUGUUGCUGCUCAUGCCCUAGAUCCUCAGAAAGGUGAGCGAAUACUAGACAUGUGUGCGGCACCAGGAGGGAAAACAACUGCAAUUGCAAUCCUCAUGAAGGAUGAAGGAGAGGUUGUUGCAGUUGAUAGAUCUCACAAUAAGUCUUAUUGGCCACGGUCAUCAGUCUUCGGAAGAGCAUAUCCCUCUGUCAGUGUUGAUUCUGGUGUCCUAGAUAUUCAGAAAUUGGCUGCUGAAAUGGGUUUGAAUUGUAUAACCACAUAUAAGCUUGAUGCUCUUAAAGCUGUUUCUCGAAGUAAUGAUUCCUACGCAACAACCAAUCUCUGUUGCAAUGAAAAGAAUAAUGGUGUCACCAUUCAAAGUUCUGACUUGCCAAGUUUGCAUGUGGAGAGAGAGUUGACGGAAGAGAUGAAUGCUGACAAGAGUUGUGAAAAUGGCAGGAAUUGCAAUAAAACAGCGAAUGAGAGAACUUAUGUAAGCAAAGCUGAAAUAAGAAAGAAUAUACGAAGAAUGCGGAAUGGGCCAGGAAGAAAUCAGUGCAGUGGUGGUAGGGUUCAGAAUUCAAAAGGUUUCUCUCCUCACAGCUUUGAUAGAGUCCUUCUUGAUGCUCCGUGCUCUGCCCUUGGUUUGAGACCUCGACUGUUUGCUGGAGAGGAAACAAUUCAAUCCUUAAGAAACCAUGCAAAGUACCAGAGAAGAAUGUUUGACCAGGCUGUUCAGUUAGCUCGCCCGGGUGGAGUAAUUGUGUAUUCAACUUGUACAAUAAAUCCUGGUGAGAAUGAAGCCUUGGUGCGAUAUGCUUUGGAUACAUACAAAUUUCUCUCCCUGGCGCAGCAGCAUCCAAGCAUUGGAGGACCUGGUCUUCUUGGUGGUUGUGAAUUUCCUGAUGGAUAUACUGAGGAGUGGCUAAGACCAGGUGAGGAAAAGCUCGUGCAGAGGUUUGAUCCAUCAGGUCCACUCGAUACAAUUGGGUUUUUCAUAGCCAAGUUUAUUGUUGGCUCUAAAGAUGGCUGACUUCGCAGAAAUUCUGCCAACUCUCUGAGGUUAAACUGCUAGGGUAUGAUGUAUUUUGCGGAGUCGAUAUAUGGUAUUAUCAUAGUUGCUCUUUAGGCAUGUAACGGACUUGGCUUGACAGUGGUUUUCAAAACUCGUAUAUGAUUAAGCUGGGGGACGUGCGGCUUAUUUAAAGUGCACUUUGUGAUGUAGUCAUGUAGCAGUUUGCUGUGUCUUUUGGACUGAUAUCAAGUGCAAAUUAACUGUGAGUAACCCUAAAGGUUUUUGAAACAUAUUGCCUCAGGUGUAGGUGUCAUUUUGUAACUAGAACAAUCUUGUUGAAUGUCUACAUUGGAACUAGUAGUAGCGAUUGAGUCAUGUAUAAGCUGAACUAUCAUUUUGUAGCUUUAAAUAAUGUGGAAGUAUAAGAAAUAUCUUUAAUUAUUAACCA